UCACGGAGUCUCCUCUCUUCUUGUUUUUCUUACAGUGACAAAUUCACCCGCUUCUGCCAGUGGAAGAAUGUAGAGCUAAACAUCCAUUUAACGAUGAAUGACUUCAGUGUGCACCGGAUCAUUGGUCGAGGGGGCUUUGGGGAGGUGUAUGGCUGCAGGAAAGCAGACACUGGAAAAAUGUACGCCAUGAAGUGUCUGGACAAGAAGAGGAUCAAGAUGAAGCAGGGCGAGACACUGGCUCUGAACGAGAGGAUCAUGCUGUCCCUCGUCAGCACAGGGGACUGCCCCUUCAUCGUGUGCAUGACCUACGCCUUCCACACGCCGGACAAGCUGUGCUUCAUCCUCGACCUCAUGAACGGGGGGGACCUGCACUAUCACCUGUCCCAGCACGGGGUCUUCUCUGAGAAGGAGAUGAGGUUCUACGCAGCAGAGAUCAUCCUGGGGCUGGAGCACAUGCACAACAGAUUCGUGGUCUACCGGGACCUUAAGCCUGCGAACAUCCUGUUGGACGAGCACGGUCACGUCAGGAUAUCUGACCUGGGUCUGGCCUGUGAUUUCUCCAAGAAGAAGCCUCACGCCAGCGUCGGCACACAUGGGUACAUGGCUCCAGAGGUGCUCCAGAAAGGCACGGCCUACGACAGCAGCGCCGACUGGUUCUCGCUCGGCUGCAUGCUCUUCAAGCUGCUGCGAGGUCACAGUCCUUUUCGGCAGCACAAAACCAAAGACAAGCAUGAGAUUGACCGCAUGACUCUCACAAUGAAUGUGGAGCUGCCGGACUCGUUCUCCCCGGAGCUGAAGUCUCAGCUGGAGGGCCUCCUGCAGCGGGAUGUGACUAAGAGGCUGGGCUGCCUGGGCCGGGGAGCCCAUGAAGUGAAAGAGCACCCUUUCUUCAAAGGGAUUGACUGGCAGCAAGUCUAUUUACAGAAGUACCCUCCGCCUUUGAUCCCUCCCCGAGGAGAGGUGAACGCUGCUGAUGCCUUCGACAUCGGCUCCUUCGACGAGGAAGACACCAAAGGCAUCAAGCUGCUGGACAGCGAUCAGGAGCUCUAUAAGAACUUCCCACUGGUGAUCUCGGAGCGCUGGCAGCAGGAAGUGGCAGAGACGGUGUACGAGGCAGUGAAUGCCGACACAGAAAAGAACGAGGCGAGGAAGCGCGCCAAGAACAAGCAGCUGGGCCACGAGGAGGACUACGCACUGGGGAAGGACUGCAUCAUGCACGGCUACAUGCUGAAGCUGGGAAACCCCUUCCUGACGCAGUGGCAGCGGCGAUACUUCUACCUGUUCCCCAACCGCGUGGAGUGGAGGGGUGAGGGCGAGUCGCGGCAAAACUUGCUAACGAUGGAGCAGAUCGUGUUGGUGGAGGACUCGCAGAUUAAAGACAAGAAGUGCAUCUUGUUACGGAUUAAAGGAGGGAAGCAGUUUGUCCUGCAGUGUGAGAGCGACCCCGAGUUCGUGCAGUGGAAGAAGGAGCUGACCGAGGCCUUCACUGAGGCUCAGAAGCUGCUGCGUCGAGCCCCCAAGGUGAUCAGCAAGACCCGCACAGCCAUGGUGGAGCUUUCCAAACCCCCACUCACCCACCGGAACAGCAACGGCCUCUAGAGAGGGGAGACCGAGAGAGUCUGGAGAGGGGAGAGCGAGAGAGGAGGAGCUGCUGCUGUCGUCAUCAGGAGACUCCGAUAUCACCUCAUUCGUGUAGUUUUAUUUAGUUAUUUGUUCAACAAGUCUUAAAGCAAAUCAGCAGCAGCAACACCAUCAACAACAAUGACAAAGCAAAAGACAAGGAUGUGUGUAAAUAUUUGCUGACAUCGGAAGAUUCGGAUGUGGUGUUUCUCUCCCUGGACUGGGGGAGGCUUUUAAAGACUGCCACGGGACUGUCUUUGCCCGUGCUGUGUUACUGUGUAAUGGAGCUGGUGCCGUCCUACCAGGAGUAGGUCGGCACUGCCACAGCGUAGCUUAUUAUCCCCUCCCCCCUCUUCAAGCACCUUUACGGGUCAGUGUACGUGCCCCACCCCCUGAUGGUUCAUAUCGGAGGUGUUGGUGGAUAGGGGUAAGCGGAUCAGCAGUGGGAAUGCUUUGUUUGCCCACCAGGGCGGCCUUUGAAAGCAGCUUGUGGCAAUGAUUGAUUUUUUAAAAAAAAAAUUUGUUUUAAAUUCUUUUUUUUUUUUUUUUAUUUUUUAACAAAUGCACC